CUGACACUGGAAAAUUCUGCUUCAUUGAGUCAGCCAUAUUUCCAGCUUGUUGGCCUCUGUUGUAUUUGAAAUAAUGUAUCUCAAACAUUUUGGCAGAUGCCAUUGUCCAACAAAACUGACGUUCAGCUGCAAUACCUCCUCUGAGACAAGGACCAAACCUUGACUGGGGGUGGUUGUUAAGGAGAGUCAGAGAAUUUCAGGGGAGCUCAAGGCCCCAUACAGCUGCUAAUGCAGAAGUGUUGGAAUUGGAGCAGCACCGAGAUCCUGAGUGAAUGCAGGGUGGGGGAGACUAACACCGCAUGAUGUUCAAAGAAUUUCCUGCAAAUUACUCAAUCUGUAAUCCAAGCUGAACUCGUCGUCAUUGGCACAAGUCUGAUGAAGUCCAAGUGCAAUGGAGAAGAAACUUCCAGUGGCUGUAAUGGAGUAGGUUGCAGUAGCUACGUGCUCCGAAAUUAUUCGCUUACUUUGCUGUUUAAACCUAUCUCGGUGAGAGCACCACGAGUAGAAAAUACUCAAAAAAAAGGCUACUUUAGAGACUUUGACUGAAAUGUUUCAACAAAUGUCAGAGAGACUCAAAAUCGGAUAAACUGGAUGACUUGGAAUCUAAGUUUGACUUGUUACAGAAUUCCUUCGACCUGGUUAAAUCUGACCUGAAAACGCUUAAUCGGAAACUUGGAAGUAUGCAACAGACUGUGAAUGACCACGAAAUUCGUAUUCAGCUACACGGAGAAUCUCUGCCGGUGUUGCAGAAGUAUAUCGAAGGUUUCAAGAAAAUUUCUAAGAAACAACUUAAAAAAAAAUACGACGCGUUACUGAAGAAACUUAGAGAUUUGGAGACCAGGAACCGAAGGUGCAAUUUCAGAAUUCUUGGGCUUCCUGAAAAACUGGAGGGUAAUCCACCUAUCGAUUUUUGUGCUCAAAUGCUGAAAGAUUUACUCCUUGAUACAUUAUCGGAACUACCAAAAUUUGAGCGCGUUCACCGAGUGACCCCGCCUAAUUGGGAUCCUGCCAAAACUCGCUCUAUUAUCAUUUGCUUUUAUGACGCUUUUAAAGAACAGAUCCUUCGUGAAUCAAGGAAGAAACCCAUAUUACAAUUCCGUGAUCAACAGUCUCGGAUCGUUCAAGAUUAUGCACCGGAAGUUCUAAGAGCUGGACAGGCUUUUAAAGAGAACUCACCCACAGAGGGGAAUGAGAGGCUGAAGAUGAAGUGCCAUGAAGCGAAAAAGACGAUGCUACACUAAGGACUUGGCUAAAGACAUGAAACUGAGACACAUCUUCCUGUCUGUCCUGUUCUUUGGAUGCGUGGGUCUGCUAUUCUUCGUGUACCUUCAAGCACAGAUUGAAGAGCAGUCACCAGGGCUGAGGAUCCAUCAGGACCAAAUGACAAAGUCUUGGAAUAGGCAAAUCAAGAUCCCAGAGAAGAAUUGGACAGUUUUCAAGAGUGGAAGGGUUACAGGUUAUAGAGUUGACAAGGCCAGCAAAGGAAGUGCCUCAGAACCUUGGCAGUCCAUUUUUAACCCAAACAGGGAUUCAGCAAAGCAAAGGUUGCUUCAACAGAUGAAGAUGAGGAACCUUCUGCUGAAAAAGUACUUGAAGCCGAUGAACCUGGCAUCUUUCCAGUUGUCAAACCGGACUCUGGUUACCGAUGCAGUUCAUGAGGAAAGGAAGAGAUUCCUGGCCAACUUUUGCAAGAAGCUUUACAUCAGCAGGCGCAGGCGCUCUCUCAGCCGACUGGUAUCUCAGGUUUAUGUGGAGGAGAAGCACAAGCUGCUAUAUUGUGAGGUGCCCAAGGUGGGCUGUUCGAACUGGAAACGCAUUCUGUUGGUGCUGAAUGGCCUUGCCACGUCACCAGGCAACAUCUCACAUGAUUUUGUGCACUACAGCAAGCAGCUGCGGCGCCUCGACAGCUACAGUCUCAGGGAGUCCUACGAACUACUCAACAGCUUCAUCAAGGUCUUGUUUGUCAGGGACCCCAUGGAAAGGCUGGUGUCUGCUUUCCGUGACAAGUUCGAACACCCCAACAGCUACUACCACCCAGUAUUUGGCAGGGAGAUCUUAAAAAAGUACAGAGCCAAUGCCAGUGCUGAGGCUCUCCGAACAGGCUCGGGUGUGACUUUCAGAGAGUUUGUUCAAUACCUCUUGGAUCCACAUAAGCCCAUUGGCAUGGACAUCCACUGGGAACAAAUUAGUAAGCUCUGCUCUCCUUGUCUGAUCAAUUAUGACUUUAUUGGAAAAUUUGAGAGUUUGGAGCAGGAUGCUAACUACCUCCUGAAGCUGAUCGGUGCCCCUGAGGGGUUACAAUUCCCAAGCUUCAAAGACAGGCACUCUUCAGAUGAGAGAACUACCUCUGCUGUGGUCGAACAGUAUCUUGCCCAAGUAACCUCCUCAGAGAGACAACAGAUUUAUAAUUUCUAUUAUCUGGAUUACCUCAUGUUUAAUUAUUCCAAGCCAUAUCUUUAGCGUGGCUUUGGAUUGAAAGAGUAAUUUAUCAACAAAUAUCUUUAAUAUAUUUUGUGACGCAGAAGUUAUUUUAAUACUUUUCUAUUGGAUUGGUAUAGCAUUCAGUCAUUUUGACUCUUCUUGAUCCCAGCAGUUAAUCUUUGACAUAAAAGAAAUUGUGAAUUUCCUCAGCUGAUUCAUGAACAUCGGCAUUAUGUACCAAAGCUAAACAAGUUUGGGGCUGUGGAGGAAGAUGAUUGAAUCAUCUGCUACUUUGGUUCUCUUGAAGCCUGGUCCCAGCUAAGUUGGAGCAUCUAGUUUUGGUAUUGAUUCUCCCAGAUCUGGAGUGAGAAUAUUCAUCACCAUUCGUCACAAGUAACAACUUUAAGACUUCGAUGCCUUUGGUAGUUAAGCGGCUUCUGCACCCUCAGUGGCUGAAGUUAAGGCACAUCCAUUCUGAGGAGGUGAUGGGGGUCUCUCAUCAGACUCCAAAAAGUAGAACAAAGUAGAGAAAAUUGAGGGGACCAGAAAGGUUGACUAGGAAUCAAGAUUCUGCCGUAUUCUCUCACUUUACUGAUAGUGAAAUUUUUUUAAUGUUUUUGCAGGUGGUGGACAUACUUCUGAGAGUAAGUGUUGUGCAAGGCUUUUAAUGGUAUUUUUUAAGUUAACCCUACAGUACACCUAAGGUCAUUGUAGGAAUCUUUGUCAUAGAAUAAUUCUACUUAAAAUUACAGAAUAAAGAACACACUCUGCAUAACCUUGUCUCCUUUGGGCUUUGGGCAAAAUGGGAUGUAUGUCAAGGGGUGGGGGAUUUUUUUGAAUAAUUUGAUUCAUUUCUCUUGGUUUUUAAUAGGCUUCAGUUUGGCUGAGUGAAAUAGAAUCAACACCAUUGUGGGCCAACACAUCUGUUCUAUUCUGGAGAUAAAAAUGCAUAAAGUUCACUAGCUUAGUGUAGAACAAUAGAGCACAAGAAUAGUCCCUUUGGCUCACAAUGUCCUUGCUUAAAACAACGCCAUAUUAAACUAAAUCUCUUCUGUCUGCACAUGAUCCAUGUGAAUACAAAAUGUGCAUAAGUUUGAGAUUUUCUCCUGUUAUAUGGGAGUAGUGUUGAGAUUUAGUCCACAAAACGUACCUGAAUUUCCUUAUUCUUUUAAUAAGGAAUGUAGAAUCAGAAUUGGAUUCACAUUCAUUAUCACUGACGUAAUGAAACUUGUUUUAUAGCAGCAGACAGUGACAAACUUACUAUAGGAGUAGAGUAUUGGGCUAAACAUACAUCCUUGAGGUAUGUCUAUGUUGAUUGUCAGCGAGGAGGAGAUAAUAUUACCGAUCCAUAAAGAGUGUGAUCUCCCGAUGAGGAAAUCAAGGAGCCAUUUUCAGAGAGAGGUACAGAAGCCCAUGUUUUGAAGCCUGUUGAUGAGUUCUGAGGGGAUGAUGGUUUUGAACCUCAAGCUAUAGUUGAUAAACGGUAGCCUGAUGUGUGUAUGCUGUUGUCCAGAUGCCCCAAAGUCAAUGGAGAGCCAUUGAAAUUAUGUCCAUUAGACUUGUUGUGGUGGCACAUGGGUUGUGGUAGGUGUUGGUCCAGAAAUGUGGCAAAUAUUUACCUGGUUCAUGGAGCAUUUGUGAAAGGAGCAGCAGAGAUGGGUUUCAUGUCAAUGGACUUUCAUUAGCUGCUGAAUAUUUCCAGCAUUUGUGUUUUCUGACCCUCUUCUUGGCUUCCACCCACCUUGAAUAGUGUUGUUGGGCAGGGUUGGGUGAUUUCACUUGGGUGAUCACAUGAUGUAACAUGAGAUAGUAGGAUUUAGACAUUGUUUACAAACUGACUGAAGCAUUAAAAAUUCAAAAUCUGCAGAUGCUGUAAAUCUGAUAUAAAACCAGAAAAAGCUGGAAACUCUCAACAGGUCAGGGAGCAUCUGCAGGAACAAAAUUGCCAAUGCUUCUAGUCAAAGAUCUUAGUUGUUCCUUAAUUACUGUUAAGCAUUUAAGAAUCAUUUCAUGUGACUGUGCUUUAAGUGGCUGUAGUGUAUGGUGGAGAAAGUACCAGAAGCAGUAUGUCUGGAAGGAAAUGGUGGUAGAAAUGUUGAUAAUCUGUAUACAUUCUCAUUAAUAAAAUAUCUAUGUUGAUUGUCCUACACUCUUUAUACCUCUUUUUGCAGCAGUAUUUCUUUUGUUGGUUGUGGAGUCCAAUCAUGAAUCUUAAUGCAGGGUUUCAACACGACAUGUUGACAAUUUCAUCACCCCCACCCCACCCCCCACAGGUGCUGCUCAACCCUCUCAGUUUCUCCAGCAGAUUGUUUAUUGCUCAAGAUCCCAGCAUCUGCAGUUCUUCGUGUCUCCAGUGUAACAAUGAGGGUAGGCCGACUGGAGACAACCAAGCGAAACACCACGUGAAUGCAACAGAAAGCUGGAGUCACGGUGAGGAUGAAGAUUGCCUCAGACUGCCGGAUGCCAUCACCAUCCCACCCCAAACCAUUGGUAUUCAAAUCUGGAAAAACUGACACCAGUUCAAGGCCACUUGUUUGUUUGAACUAUAGCUGUAGUGACUAGAGCAUUGACCCUUAAUCCCAAAGCUGGACAACAGGCCCCAGGAGAGGUGUGGCCAGUCAUGGUCAGAAAUGAAGAUCAAUUAACCUGGAGAGGGAAGUGAUAGAAUGGGCUGAAUCCAUAUUGACCGUUCACACUAAUCCCAUUUUAUUCUCCCCACAUUCUCAUCAUCUCUCUCUAGAUUCUAUUGCUCAACCACAUACUAGGAGUAAUUUACCCACAGUAUUAUUAACCCACAAUAACAGGGAGAACCUGCAAAAUCAACACGUGAGGAUGGAACACGAUCUCUGGAGCUGUUGUGAGUCAAUGACAGCUCAGACCUAGAUUAAUACGGUGGCGAAAGGCCGAGGUGGAGGGGUAUGUGCUUUCAGAUGUGGUGUUAAAGUCACAUUUAUUGUCAUUUGCACAAGCACACAUGCACAGGUGCAAUGGAAAAUUUCUGCUGCAGCAUCACAGGUUCAGGCACUUGUCAAGUUGACAUAACAGUUUAUAUCAGCACUGUUGAUAAGACUUGUGUUCACUUGCCUAUAUCUACUGAUGAGACCCACAGUCAGAAAAUAGAACAAGGUGCAAUUUGAAGAAUCCUUUAUUUGGUAAACUACACCAGUCUUAAAACUCAGCCGAAGCUCACACUGACCAGUACGACUAUUUAAAAGGUUUACCCCAGAACAAUUGAGUAUUAGAUUGGGGCAACAACCAGUUAGCCUGGGAUUGGAUUCAACUGACCACUAGGUGCUGACUGUUUUGGCUGACCGUAACAAAGACAUGGGCGCAGAGUUAAGCCAUACAUUCCAUCGUGUCUGCUCCAUCAUUCAGUGAUGGCUGAUUUAUUUUCACUCUCAACCCCAUUCUACCACCUACAAUGCCCUGACUAAUGAAGAACCUAUCAACCUCAGCUUUACAUACACCUAAUGACAUGGCCACAGCUAUCUAUAGCAAAAAAUAACACAAACUUGCCCAUCACUUUGGUGAAGAUAUUCCUUCUCAUGAAAGGACAGCUUAUUAUAAGGCUGUGCCCUCUGGUCCUGGACCCUCUCUGCCCAUUCAGCCUUGGCAUUUCAAAAUUCAGUAGGUUUCAAGUGAGAUUUCCCCUUCAUUUUUCUAAACUCCACUGUGUACAAGCCCUGAGCCAUGAAACACUCCUCAUCUGUUCAAUGCUUCAUUUAAUAUCAGAAAAUGUACACAAUAUAUGACCUGAAAUUCUUACUCUGGACAGACAUCCUUGAAACAAAAAAAAAACCCAAAGACUAAAUGACAGUAAAAAGUUGCAAUAACUCCAGAGCCCCCUGUAACCUCCAGGCACAAAUAGCAUCAACCCUUUCUCUUCCCUCACCCCACAUAUUCUAGCAUAAAGCAUCAGCAUUCCCACCACCCACCUUGACAGUAACAGCAAAACCCCCAAUCAGAGACCAUGGUCUACAGUACAUCAAAAGCUAACUGUUCACGCCAACGGUUUUGACAUCCCACAGGCUGUCUCUCCCCCUCCCUCUGUCUUCCCUCCCCUCUCUCUACCCUCUCUCUGCGCUCCAUGUCCCCCCUCCCCCCCCCCCCCCGUUCUAUCAUGGCUGAUCCCGGAUCUCACUCAACCCCAUACACCUGCCUUCCCGCCAUGUCCUUUGAUGCCCUGGCUGAUCAGGUAGCGAUCAACUUCUUAUAAAGACUCAGCAUUAUCUCCUUGCUUUUAUAUUCUAUGCCCUCAAAUGAAUGCCAACAUUGCAUUUGCCUUCUUUACCACAGAAUCAAUCUGUAAAUUAAUCUGGGAGUCUUGCACGAGGACUCUUAAGUUUCUUUGCACCUCUGGUGUUUGAACCGUCUCCCCAUUUAGAUAAUAGUCCACAUUAUUGUUCCUUUUUCCAAAAUGCAUUCUCAUACAUUUCCCAACAAUGUAUUCAAUCUGCCACUUUUUUGCCCAUUCUUCCAAUUUGUCUAAGUCCUGCUGUGGUCAUAUUGUUUCCUCAGCACUAUCUAACCCCUGCCCCACCCAUCUUUGUAUCAUCUGCAAACUUUGCCACAAAACCAUCAACAUUAUCUGAAUCAUUGGUAAACAAUGUGAAAAGUAGUGGUCCCAAUACUGGCCCCUGAGGAACACCACUAGUCACCGGCAGCCAUCCAGAAAAGGCCCUCUUUAUUCCCACUUGCUGCCUCCUGCCUGUCAGCCAUUCCUGUAUCCAUGCCCAUAUCUUUCAUGUAAUGCCAUAGGAUUUUAUCUUGUUAAGCAGCCUCACGUGUGGCACCUUAUCAAAAGCCUACUGAAAGUCCAAGUAAGUGACAUCCACUGCCUCUCCUUUGUCCACUCUGCUUGUUACUUCCUUGAAGAACUCUUAACAGAUUUAUCAGGCAAGAUUUCCCUUUACAGAAAACAUGCUGACUUUGACUUAUUUUCUCAUUAGUCUACAAGUACCCUGAAACCUCAUCCUGAAUAAUAGAAAUUUCCUUUCUUUUGCCUUCCUCCCUUAAAGAGUGGAGUGACAUUUGCAAUCUUCCAGUCCUCAUGGACCAUGCCAGAACCACGUGAAUCUUGGAAGAUCAUAAGAGAUCUGUUACCUCUUCAGCAACCUCUCUCAGGACUCUGGGAUGUAGUCCAUCUAGUCAAGGUGACUUAUCCACCUUAAGCACUUUUUUCCUUUGUAAUAGCAAUGGCACUCACUCCUGCUCCGUGGCACUCAUGGGCCUCUGGCACACUGCUAGUGUCUUCCACAGCGAAGACUGAUGCAAAGUACCCACUAAGUUGAUCUGCCAUUUCAUUGACCCCCAUUACUAUCUCAUCAGUAUGAUUUUCCAAUGGUCCAAUAUCAACUCUCACCUCCCUUUUGCUCUUUAUAUAACUGAAAAAACUUCUGGUAUCCUGUAUUGGCCAGUUUGCCCUUUUAUUUAAUCUUUUCCCUUCUUAUAGCUUUUUUAGUUGCCUUUUGUGGGAUUUUUAAAGCUUCCCAAUCAUCCAUCUUUCUGCUCACCUUUGCUACCUUAUUUGUCCUUUCCCCGGCUUUUAUUCAGUCUUUAACUUCCCUGUCAGCCAUAGUUGCCCACCCCUGUUAUUUGAGAACAACUACUUCAGUAGGACAUACCUAUCCUGCGCUUUGUGAGCUUUUCCACUGAAACUUAAGCCAUCUCUGUUCUGUCGUCAUCCCUGCCGAUACCUUCCUCCAAUCUACCUGGCUCCUCUCUCACACCUCUGUAAUUCCCUUUAUUCCACUGUGAUGCUGAUACACGUGACUUGUGCUUCUCCCUCUCAAAUUGAAUUCAGUCAUAUUAAAAUCUCCUAAGGGUUCCUUUACAUUAAGCUCCCUAAUUAGACCUGGAUUAUGAAACAACACCCAAUCUAAAACGGCUUCUCCCCAAGUAGGCUCAAGGACAAGCUGCUCUAAAAAGCUAUCUCAUUCCCUCUGUUGUGAUCUGACACCAACCUGAUCUUCCCAAUCCCCUUGCAUAUAAGUCCCCCAUUACAAUUGUGUCAUUACCCUUAUUACAUGCCUUUUCCAGCUCCCUUUGCAAUCUCAACCCCAUAUUUCAGCUAUUAUUUGGAGGUCUAUAUAUGAUUACUAUGUUUUUUUACCCCUUGCAGUCUCUUAACUCCACCCACAAAGAUUCAACAUUCUCUGACCCUAUGUCAUCUCUUUCUAAAGACAUAAUUCCAUCUCUUACCGACAGAGCCGCAGCACUGCCUCUGAUAGGACCCCAAAUAUUAAUCCUUUCGUUCCUGGGAUCAUUCUCACGAACCUCCUGGACCUUCUCCAAUACCAGCUCAUCAAUGUCAUACACUGUAGUCAGUGUGUUGUUUGUGGGCUCUCCCUGUGACUGCUUUUCCACCUGCAACCUGUUUGAACUGCAGAUGAUAUUGUCCAAAAUGUUCUUCAGAAGUCAAUGAAGAGGCACAAAUCUUCUGGUCACACGCACUUCAUAGUACAGGUCACAUACAGCCUGCCAGCAGCAGCAAGCCGAGAAAAGAGGAAGCAGAAGAACAAUGAACUAAAGGCUUGAGACUUCAGGGUCCCUCUUUAUUCUGAAAACCAGUGUCAGUUUUCUCUGGUGCGAAGAGUGUGCUGUGACAUCUCAGACCAACAGGUAAAGAAACUACAUAAGUAUAGAACCAGCUGUACUACAAAUGACUGAAAUUUCACUGAACAUUUUCAAAUGGGUGAUCUACAAUCAUAUAAGCAAGCAUAAAGAAAGUUAAACUGCAAGGAAAUACCGUUUUGGAUGCUAAUCCAACAAUCCCAAAGAUGGCCUGCUUAAUAGGAUAGAGUAGAGUCAUACGAGUUAGAAGCAGGCUCUUUGACCCAUCUUAUCAAUGCUAACCAAGAUUACUAUCUAAGCUGGUUCUAUUUGCUGAGUGUGCAAAGAGGAUAGUUUUGAGUGGACACAAGAAGAAGUUGAGGGAAUUCUGCAGAUCAAGCAGCAUCGACAGAGCAAAGCGAACAGUUGGCAUUUUAGGUUGACACCCUUUAUCAGGACUGAAAAGGAAGAGAAAAGUUUGCCCAGCUCUAGUCCCAUUUUACCUACGUGCCCCACCUCUAUUGUCCCCUCCAUCACCUACAUCCCCAUUACUUGUAUCACACCUCUCGCCCACCUUUUUAUAAUGGCUAACUCCUUCCCUGCAUCCCCUAUUCCAGUCCUGAUGAAAGGUCUCAAACUAAAAUGUUGACUCUCUAUUCUCCCUUUUUAGAUCCUGCUUGACCCAUUGAAUUGCUCCAGUACGUUGUUGGAGAACAGGAUUGUCCUGAGAUAAGACAUGGAUUGAAUGGGCAGAAUGGCCAGUCUUUAUGUGGAAGAAUGAUAUGAAAUACACCAAGUUGUUUUCUGUUAAUUUCAUCUGAAUUCUGCCACUAGUCUUUUUUGCAAAGGUUUAAUAAAGCAAUUAUUUAAAAUUUCAUAAUUCAGCUAUUUUAUUUCCAUUAGAAGCCACUAUAGUUUCUCUAACAACCUGUCCAGUUGAGAAAGAUUUAGAUCAGAUUAGCUCAGUAUAAACCAGGAUACAAGGAAAUAGCUUGUUCACGUGAAGCUUACAAAGUAAAGAGUAUACAUGAUAAUGACAAUAAAUACAGCAACAAGUGCAAAACAACAGAACAGUGGAAAGGAUCCCUAAUGUUUCAAGGUAGUUCCUAGAUAUACUGUCAAACAUAAUUUAACCUGAAGCAAUAUUACAGCUGGUCAAUGGAAUGGGUGUUGGGGAGCAGAUGAUCAUUUCAGGCAAGUGGUAGGGAUUGGGGGCAUAGAAUAUGAGUUGCCUUGUUAUGUUGAAACCUUACAAAACACUGCUCUGACCUAACUUGGGGGUUAUCAGUGCAGUGUUGGUCACCACACUAUAGGCUGUGCUGAAGAGAGUGCAGAUGAUAUUCACCAGGAUGUUACCAGACCUGAGGAUUGUAUUUAUGGAGUAACUCUGGACAGGCUGGGCUUGUUUUUCUUGGAGCAAAGGAGGCUGAAGAUGCCCUAAAGGAGGUGUAAAAUAUGAAAGGCAUAGUACAGUAUAGUCAAAACCUUUUUUCCUGUAGUCAGGAUAUCAAAAACAAAAGAGCACAGGUAUGAGGUGAGAGAAUUGAAUUUAAAAGGGCAAGUUUUUUUUUACACAGGGGUGGUUGAUAUCUGACACUUACCUCCAGAGAAGAUAUGGAAUCAUUGUUUUUACAGGACAUGUGGACAGUUACUUAAGUAGGCAAAGUAUAGUAAGAUAUGGACUUAAUGCAGGACGGUUAGUCUAAAUGGACAAAGCUGAUAGCGUACAAAAAGUCUGUGUCCAUCUUGUUGAAUCAGAAUCAGGUUUAUUAUCAUUGGCAUGUGUGGUGAAUUUUGUUAACUUAGCAGCAGCAGUUCAAUGCAAUACAUAAUCUAGCAGAGAGAAAAAAUAAUAAUAAUAAUAAUAAUAAAUAAACAAGUAAAUUAAUUGUGUAUAUUGAAUAGAUUUUUAAAAAUGUGCAAAAACAGAAAUACUGUAUAUUUAAAAAAAGUGAGGUAGUGUCCAAAGCAUCAAUGCCCAUUUAGGAAUCGGAUGGCAGAGGGGAAGAAGCUGUUCCUGAAUUGCUGAAUGAGUGCCUUCAGGCUUCUGUAUCUCCUACCUGACGGUAACAGUGAAAAAAGGGCAUGCCCUGGGUGCUGGGGGUCCAUAAUAAUGGACGUAGCCUUUCUGAGACACCCGCUCCCUGAAGAUGCCCUGGGUACUUUGUAGGCUUGUACCCAAGAGGGAGCUGACUAGAUUUACAAUCCUUACUGUGAGCUUGACUGUCAAUGGCAACAUCAGUACUUAUUAUCCAUCCCUAAUCCACCCCUAAAUUGAGGAGGCAGAUAAUAAUCAACCAUUUUUGUAGG